AUGUCUUUGGAAUAAAAACAAAAUUUACUUGUUAAAGAAAUCAUUGAUAAAGGAUUUAAUAUUGACAACUUUUAAAAGUUUAUAGAUUAACGUCACGACUUGGAAGAAUGGGAUUAUGAUGAAUUGGUAGAUGUUAUCAAAAAAUUCUAAGAUCAAUAGAAUGAUUACUUUUAAGUACUUAAAUGCAAUAGGACCAUUCCUAAUGCAAUAUCUAAUUUAGAAAAUUUGACAUCCACAGUAGUUGGUUAUGAAAAAGUACAAAAAGGUAUUUUCAUGAGUACAUAUGUAUACUUCAAAAUUGAAACCAAACCUAUUAAUUGGAUUGUGAAGAGGACGUAUGAGGAAUUUAUUGCACUUAAAAAUAUGCUUAAUAAAUAUUAUACUGUACCUAAUAUACCUAAUUAAAGAAAAUCACCUGUUGAGUUUACAUAUAUUAAGUAAUUAAGACAUUUGCAAAUGUUUUUGAAUUUCAUUUUAUUAGAUCAAGAAAUAAGAAGCCUUCCAGUCAUUCAAGACUUUUUAUCUUUAGAUUAAUUUUAACAUAACUAAGCGAUAACUUUUACAACUUUGAAUGGAGAUUUUGGUAUCAGAAUUAAUAAGCCAAUUGCUUGUUUUAUAAAAUAGUCUGAUUAUUUCUUAAACAAUGUCUAACCCUUGUAAAAAAAAGCUUAUAAAUUAGUAAAACAAUUAAUGAAGCAUAUGUAGUAACAAAAUCAAACUUUAGUUUAAUUAUCAGAUGUAUAUAAAGAAUUAUUUAAAGAAUCAAAAGCAUAAAAUGCAAGAUUAAAAGAUAGUUAUAUUAUAGCUAGUCAUUUAUUUGAAUAAUGGUCAAAAAUAUAAACAGACAAUAUAAAAAUAUUGAACGAAACUAUUUAUGCAUAGUAAAGAUUUUAAUUUCAUUAAAUUACACCUUUAAAGGAUAUUUUAAAUCAAAGAGAAAAACAUUAUUGUUAAUUAUAUGAAUUUUCAAAUAAACUAAAAGCAAAAAAAGAAAAACUAUUUUAACAAGGAGAAAUUGUCAAAUGGGAUUUAGAUGAAAGCUAUCUAGAUAGUUUUAAAAUAGAAUAAAUAAAAUCAACUCCAUAAAUAGCAUUUUAAUGUAUGUGUAAAACUGUAAUUUAUAUUAAAAUUAUAUCAGGAUAAUUUACAUUUAUAAAUUCUGAAAAAUCAAUUUGGUUAGAUUAAUUUAAGGGCCUAUGAAGCUAUUGAUUAUGUAAUUAAAUAUGCUUCAUUGUAAAUAAAAGAACACCUUGAAAAAUUUGCCUAAUCUAUGAUGAUAACUUUAAAUUAAUACCAAAAGUUAUGGACUGAUACAUUAGAUAAUCUUGCUGUAUCAUGA